AUGAGGACUCUGCUAGUGCUAGCCGUGUUUUUGGUAGCUGCAGCUUUGGCUGCCCCUCCUAAUACCAAGGGCCUGAUCAUCAAUUUGGAUAAUGGUGAGCUAUGUUUCAUCAGCCUGCAGUGUAAAAGCUCCUGCUGCCAUCGUUCUUCUGGUACCAGCCUCGCCCGUUGUGCCCCCCGCUCCGCAGAGACCCAGAAGUGUUCCGCUACAAGCUUGUAUGGUACAUACUACAUCUGCCCCUGUGAGGAUGGACUGAAGUGUGACUUUGACUGGAGUCUUGGUGAUUCCAUCACCAACACCAACUUUGGCGUCUGCGUUGACCCUAAUGCCUCAAAAUCUGUCACCAACUAA